AUGGUCGGACACUGGCCCUUCGCUCAGUGGGGGAUUGAUAUUAUCGAUCCUCUCCCCACGGGCAAGGGUCAGACCAAGUUCGCCAUUGUAGCGGUCGACUACUUUACUAAGUGGGUGGAGGCCGAGCCUUUGGCCAAAAUCACCAAGCAAAAAGUUACGGAUUUCGUCUGGAAAAAUAUUAUAUGCAGGUUUGGAAUCCCUCACACUAUUGUCUCGGACAAUGGAAAGCAGUUCGACAACAAGCAACACCAGGAGAUGUGCAAGAACCUCGGAAUCCACAACGUCUAUUCAUCGCCUCGGCAUCAUCAGGAAAACGGGCAAGUAGAGGCGAGGACGACCAAGAGCCCAAAGAGGAAGAAGGUGCUGCAUGUGUCUGAAGAGACACUGGAUGUGCCUGAAGUGCUUGAAGCUCGACCUCUCAGUGUGCUUAAGGUGCUUGAAACUGAAAAGCUCUAUAAAAUUAACUUCAAGACUCAGCCGCCGCUUCAGAAGUUAUCUACAAAGCCACCUCAGGAGCUGCCUUGGGUGCCGCUUCAUCGCUAG